CAAUUACAGAACCCUAGAUAUGGCAGUAAAGCUGAGAAAACAAGCUCCUCUCUCAAACGGAUCUGGGUAUCUGGCUACCACGUUUUUAAUGCGUCGAGGCUUCUAUCUUGUCGCAGUAUCAUCAUUGCCGGAUCAUUCAUCCAAACUACAACUACAGUGUGCCUGAAAAUACUGCACUCCAUACUCCGCUUCACUUCUCUUCUGAACACCUUGGUGUUUGCUCGUCGUAUUCUGGCCUAACCCCUUGGUGCGUGUCUGUCGAAUUCCGGCAUACAAGGGAGAGCAGGCGUCUGCGCCACCCCUUUGACGGAUUCGUUAAGGUAUGUAUAGGUAAUUUUUGGCAGGCACCGCUUAAGCCUUUUACCUUCUCAGUCAACCGGUGCCCGACGCCCCUGUCUUUUUGCUCGCUGGUGCCGCUGAGACGAAGUACGAAGCAGCGAACUAAAAGUGAAACGACGGGCAGUUAUUCAACAAACGACAUUCCAUUUUCUCAAUUUUAAAAUAAUUGAACAAACAUUACGUCCUUACAACCUUACUCCUUAGGUUAUUUUAACCGUUCAAUUCACUCAGCAGCUCAACCGAAAAAUCGAAGAGGUCAGGAGGAGGAAUUGAGGAAGACUGAUGAUUUGAAAUUCAGCCGCCACCCGCGGGUGCCGUGCUGGACCGCUGACCAUCUCUGGAAGCCGGAAAAUAGAAGACAUGGGUGCUCUCUGCUACACAUUUUGGUGAAGAGUUGAAGACUAAAGUCGUUUGUGAGAAGGCUCAAUAUGAGCUCAACAAACAUCGUUGACUCAUGUAGAGGUGAAGAUCUCGAAAGGUAUACAAAAACUGUUAAACUGGAGCCAGGUUUUGCUGGAAGGUCAAUGUCACAGAAGGAUGAUUUAAGAAAUGACAUAAUGCUAUCCAAAGUGAGCUCUAGAGAGAACCAAACCUCUGGGGCUAUUUACACCAGACAGGGUAGUGGAAGCGGUUUAUGUCAAGAACAGUCUGCUAUAGAUGAUUCAAGCCUCUGUUCCAUAUCUCCGAUAUGCUCAGCACCUCUUGUUCGGCAGUUUUGGAAAGCUGGAAACUAUGACGGGGGACUUAAUUCGAAGCCUACCCAUAAAAAUGGUACCAGUUACUUGCACAUCCAUCCAAAGUUCCUACAUUCAAAUGCUACAUCACACAAAUGGGCAUUUGGCGCCAUUGCAGAGCUGCUUGACAAUGCUAUUGAUGAGAUACAAAAUGGGGGCACCUUUGUUGUAGUAGAUAAAAUAGUAAAUCCAAGGGAUGGAAGAUCUGCUUUGUUAAUUCAAGAUGAUGGGGGUGGAAUGGACCCUGAAGCAAUGCGUCAUUGUAUGAGUUUCGGAUUUUCAGAUAAGAAGUCAAAGUCAGCAAUUGGACAGUAUGGAAAUGGUUUUAAGACGAGUUCAAUGAGACUUGGAGCAGAUGUUAUUGUCUUCAGCCGCUCAAGGAAAAGAAAAGUGACACGAAGCAUUGGGCUUUUAUCUUACACAUUUUUGGCACAAUCUGGCCUUGAUAGAAUAGUGGUUCCAAUGAUUGACUAUGAGUUCAAUUCAACAGAUGGCACAUGGAAUUCAAUACACACUGAACAACAUUUUGCAACAAAUCUUUCUCUGCUAUUGAAGUGGUCACCAUUUUCAACAGAGGAGGAUCUUCUGUGUCAGUUUGUUGACAUUGGUGAUCAUGGCACAAAGAUCAUUAUUUACAAUUUAUGGUUGAAUGAUGAAGGGAAAACAGAGCUCGACUUCAACUCUGAUCCUGAGGACAUUCGUAUUUGUAAUUAUACAAGUAAUAUGGAGAAGGGUCCUCGUGCAUCUGUAAAUGAUGAGCAUCUUGCCAACCGUCUCCGUUUUUCAAUGCGUGCAUACCUAUCCAUUUUGUACUUGCGAGUUCCUGAAAACUUUUGUAUUGUGUUGCGUGGGAGCUUAGUUGAGUAUCAUAAUAUUGCUAGUGAACUCAAAUAUCGGCAAUGUAUCUUGUAUAAACCAUCAAGUGGUGGAGUUUGUGAGGGUGAAAUCAUUACGACUAUUGGGUUCCUAAAAGAGGCCCCAUUGGUGAAUCACCACGGUUUCAACGUCUAUCACAAAAACCGUUUAAUACUGCCAUUUUGGCAUGUUGUCAGCUAUUCUGGCAGUAGAGGCAGAGGGGUUGUGGGUGUUCUGGAGGCCAACUUCAUUCAGCCAACACAUAAUAAACAAGACUUCGAGAAAACUCCCCUUUUCCAAAAGCUUGAAGCACGAUUAAGGGAAAUGACGUUAGAGUACUGGGAUUAUCAUUGUGGACUUAUUGGUUACAUGAGACCAAAGAAGAAAAUUCAAGCACCAAAGCCGCCCCAGGUUACACCUGAAUUUCAUCAGAAGCAUGGUACAUAUCAGGCCGUGUUAAUGACUAAAAACUCUUCUAGUCUAGCUGGUGCAAAAGUGUCAUCAAGGCCUGACAAUCUGCAAAGAACUUUUCAUCAUAACUUUCAACAAGUGCCACUAAUACCUACUAAAAGGAAGGACCGCGAUCACCCAAAUGAACCUGAAAAUGUGAAGCAAAAGGAGGCCAGGCAAUUGCCUGCCGGUGGUGCUAGUUACUUGGGAAGUGAAGAGGCCGAAAACAAAAAACUACGUGCUCAGUGUUUGGAUCAUGAGAAAAUUGUGGAAGAGCUUAAUGCCAAGGUAAAUCUGCUAAGGAAGCAUUUAAGAGAAACACAGAAGGUGUAUGGUCGAUUGCUGCUUGAGUUGAAAUUAUUGGAAAAGGCCAAAGGGGAAGUAGGAUAACACGCACACACAGAUUAGUGUGUGUAUCUGUGUACAGUGAGGGGGUUUAGAUCGGGGGGGGGGGGGGGGGGGGGGGCUUUCAUUUUUGCGCUUGGCAUUCAUCUCUUUUGUAAAUGGAUUUUCUGUAUCUCAAUUAAUUAAUGCCAGUUAGAAACUUCGCAGGCUACUAACUAUACCUAAUGUUGUGUAUUGUUCAGUGUAGUUCCGCCCCCACCCCCAAAAAAACAAUCAGAUUCGGUAAAAUUCGUUGUGUUGGAAUUAAUAAGAGCAAUGUUAUUAAUACUGUCCUGUUU